AUGCAAACAUUUUGGAAGAAUAAGCAUAUUGAUCGUGUAUUAACUUAUAUGAAUGAAGCUUAUUCUGAUGGAAAGUUUGAAUCGAAUGAAGUUUAUUUUCGCGGACAAUUAAUGACUUGUUAUCGAUUUGAUCAACGUUUCUCUCAUAUUCCUAAUCUAAAUCGAUUAAUUUUACCCAUAAUUGCUACUCAUGUACAUGUUCUUAUGUUUGUCGCGAUCAAUACUUUAUUUGAUCGACGAAAUGAAUCUAUAGAUGAUUGUUUCGAAUUUCACGAUCCAUAUGAAGUACUUCAAUGUGAAAAUAAUAUAGAUCCAUGUCGAGUAAAUAAUACGGAGAACAUCCCAAAGUAGUAUAAACAAGGUCAUUGUCAUAUUUAUUCAUAUCCAUUUCUAAUGCAAUAUUACGAAGAUAGAACAAAUAAUUUUCCAGGUGGAUUAUAUUCCUAUGCUCGUGUUGUAUCAUUAUAUGAUGAACAUUCUUUUGAACAUGAAUUUUUUAUUCAAAUCUCUCAAUCAUUUCCAUUUAUGGAAAAAUUAUCUGUCAUUAAUCGUCAUCCACAAAAUCAGAAACAAUCUUAUAGAUCAAUGAAUGAUAAUCAGAAUUUAUCAAUUGUUAAAUAUUAUUCUCGUACUGAACUUCAAAUUGUACAAGUUUAUGAUGAUUAUAUCGAAGAAUUUCUAUUAAAUACGAAAAUAUAUUUACAAAAUAAUAUUCUUCUUGAUAUUGAUUAUGAAUCAUUACAAAGAGUAACACAUAACAACUUUACGAGAGAUGAUACACGAAUUAAUUGUGCUAAAAUAAAUAAAUUAGAUUUAUUCGAAAAAGUGGAAGAUUCAAAAUCUUUCCAAGAUUAUUUUCCUUUUGCAAAAAUAGAUUAUUACUAUAUUCAAAGUAAAAGAGAAUAA